UUUGGAAAUGGAUGCGAGGACCAGCUGCUGCCGCUAGAGCAGGGACGCUGGGCGAAGGACAGAGCGAGCUUAUGGCUCCUUUGAAUAAACCCGAAGUUCUGCAGAACUGAUUCAUCGAGCUCCAUCAUGAGUGUGCUCCUGCGUGAGGUAGUAAUGUAUGAAGCCACACUAGAGAUAGAGUGCAGCCUGCUGUGGGGUAAAAAAUGAGAGAAAGCAGCAAGCAUGCAGGGAAUAUGGCAAUGAACAUUGCAGUGGUUGUCUGAUUUGUAUGCACGGGAAAAGAGAAGCAGAACACGAGCAACUUUUGUAGUACUAUGGAGUUUGCGAGGCACUGCAUUUAAUGUUGAGAGAUGCUAAGCGUUAAAUCUGACAACACUGAAAAGAGAGAUCAUGGAGAAGUCAAGUAGUGAGGAUUCUUCAAUUCACCGGAGUCCAUCUUUGGAUAGCAAAGACUCUGACUUUGCUAAACCUUCUACCUCAGGGAAGCAAUUUGGUCGAGGUUUUACUGCUGGAGCUUUCUAUGGUACAGCUGGAUCCCGCACACAGAGCCACACUGGGGUCGGAACUGGGACCGGCGUUGGGACUGGCAAAGAAAGUGACAAAUACAGUGCACCCAAAGGCAGCAAAUAUGUGGUCUUUUACCUGGAUCUAUCCUUUGUUUUCCUUUUAGAAUUUAAGAAGUGCAACAUGGCAAGAGGCUGCCUGUGUUGUUUGAAAUACAUGAUGUUCCUUUUCAAUUUAAUAUUUUGGUUAUGUGGCUGUGGGCUGCUGGGCGUGGGCAUCUGGCUCUCAGUGUCACAAGGAAACUUUGCCACGUUUUCUCCCAGCUUUCCGUCGCUUUCAGCUGCCAACCUAGUCAUCGCUAUUGGCACAGUCAUCAUGGUGACCGGCUUUCUGGGCUGUCUAGGUGCUAUCAAGGAAAACAAGUGCCUCCUUUUGAGUUUUUUCAUCGUUCUGCUGAUAAUUCUCCUUGCAGAGCUGAUAUUAGUCAUUUUGUUCUUUGUUUAUAUGGACAAGGUCAGUGAGAGCGCAAGGACAGAUCUAAAGGAAGGCAUGAAGCUGUACAAUUCAGAAAAUAAUGUUGGACUGAAAAAUGCAUGGAAUAUCAUUCAAGCAGAGAUGAAAUGCUGUGGUGUGAAUGACUUUACGGAUUGGUACCCAGUACUGGGAGAAAACACUGUCCCAGACAGAUGUUGUACAGAAAACUCCCAAGAUUGUGGUCGGAACUCCACUGAAUUAGUGUGGAAAACGGGUUGUUACGAGAAAGUUAUGAUUUGGUUUGAUGAGAAUAAGCAUGUGCUUGGCUCGAUUGGGAUGUGCAUCCUCAUAAUGCAGAUACUCGGCAUGGCCUUUUCCAUGACACUCUUCCAGCAGAUUCACAGGACUGGCAAAAAAUAUGAUGCCUAAAACCUCUGAAACAUUAAUUGCAUCAGCCCUUCGAUCCCACCAUACAAACAAACCAAUGGAAUGAUCACAAAGAGUAACCAGCCUGGCCCUGCUGAGAGAAUCCGUCCUGUUGACCGAUCGACUUCAUCAUUAUUUGCCGAUUAUUGUCACAACUUGUGACUCGUUUUUUGUCUGUUUCACAUUUGCCAUUAUUUGCCAAAGAUGGGGUGGUGGUGGGGAACCCGGAAAAAUGGCUUUCUAUACUAAGUCAUAGAUCUGCUAUUGGAAUAUUUCCUUAACUUUAUUUAUGAAAGGGUUUGCUGUACUAAUCCAUACUAUAUGCGCUCAAAUGAUGUAUAUUCAACUGUAAGAGAGAAUUCUACAAAGUCUUCUGUUUUCAACCUUCAGGUCCAGCUUACUGGAAGACUUGGAAAAGCCACUCAAACAGAGUUCUAGAAAUUGGAGCUGCUUGGUUUGCAGCUUCUUGUACCUUAUGGUAUAUACUUUUUUAUUACGAUAAUGAUUAUUAUGAUGAUGAUGGAUGUAGCUUAGAAUUUAGUUGCCUGAUUUAUAACUUUUUACAGUUUCUGUUUUUACACAUUUAUUGUACAUUAAUUUGGGAACCACUGUGCGAUCUCCAGAGGAUGUGCUUUCCAAAGCUGGCAACUGUUGGGGGUAAAUAAAGACAUAAUUUUUCUCCAGUCCAUGAAAAGGCAUCUUUCACCUUUGUCAGGGCCUUAGUGCCCUUACUUGUAUCAACAGUGGCCCUUUCAAAGCAGAGGCUCUUUUCCUUGGACAGAAGGCAACGUCCUCUCAUUGGGUCAGAUGGCAGCUUCCUUUUCCAGUGAGGCUAAGUUCUAAGUCUGGGUUCUCCCCACCCAAAGCAAUCUCUGCCUCUUGAAUUGCUGCCCCUCACUGAGUGCUUUGAUGUCACCUUACUUCAAAAGGUAAGACUAUUUACUGAGCAAGUAGUUGCUCCCUGGCACAAAGGAGAGAAUUGCAAUCUGACCUGCUGGGCAGUUGGGAGCAGACUUUACAAUCUGUGCUGUCCAUUUCCAAAACGCUACCCAAGGCACAAUAUGCUACUGGGUAGGAGAAAGGGGGGUGGCAAAUUGUUGGUGCCCUUCUCAUGCCAUGCCCUACAUUGAAAAGGUUUCCUCAGACACGUGACAACUCUUUCCCUGAGAUGACAAAGUGGCUUUGGACAGUGAGGAAGGUAAGGUUGAUUAAAGGUGAAUAGAUGUGCAAGAAAGGGGUGGUUUCUGAAGCAGCACUUGGAGCCGAUAUUUGUUUGCACCCUUCCAGCAUAGAAUUGGUUCAUGCUGGAGGAUUGUGAAGUCCAUCCAGUAUGAAGCUGAGAGGCAUAUUUUUACCAACAUUCCUCCUAGGAAGCUUGAAUAUGUAUUUCUUCAGUUUGAAUUCUGCUUCACUGCAAGCAGCCCCCAUUCCCAUUGUGUUUCAGGUUUCUGUAGAGGUCUUGAGUUUUGUUGCUUUGGAAAGGAAAGAAACAUCAACCAUUGGAGAAAGGGGACUGUGACCCAUUUGAGAUGGGAUUGAUUUUGACACUAUAGCACUGUUUCAGAAACUGCUGCACAUGAUGACUUCGUGCUGUUGUGGUAUCCCUUUCAGUGCCAUGCCAUGCCAAACUAGUCUGAUAAAAAAGGCUUCUCUUGAUGUUUGCCCUAAAUAUUUUUAUUUUAAACUCCUAGAAUAUAGUGUUUUUAAUGUAUCAUUGAGCUGAUCUUUUGCUGGUGGGCUGAAAUAUCUCUUGAACCAGUUCCUAUCUGAGAAGUGUUGGCUCCCUGUUUAUCUUUCUACCAGGUCCUGCAUAAAUCUGUACAUCUGGCAACAGUAAUGUUUUGUGUGGACUGUUUGCCACUUCCAAGUUCCUAUGG